AUGGCUUCGCGGCACCACUUUCCCGCCGCGCGGCACCUCGCGUGCUUCGCGUCGUUCGCGUCGCCCACCCCCUCGCUCACCCCGCUCGUCGACCCCGCCGCCCCCACCACCGACGACCCCUUUCCGUGCACCGCGGACGCGUCGCCUUACGCGUCCCCUGACGCGUCGCCUGGCGCGGAGGGCUCUCUUAACGGAGACGCGCAUAGCGAGGAGGGCAGCGCUGUCGCGGAGAGCGAGACUGGACGCGCAGGGCGGGGAGCGGAGGGCGCGCGCAUGUGCGAGGAAUACGUGGCGGCGUGCGCCGCCGUCAUGCGCCACCGCCACGCCCUCGACCACCAUGCGCCCUCCGCCUCCGCCAUCCCCGCCGCCUCCGCCGUUUCCGCCGUCUCCUCCGUGACCCCCGCCCCGCCUGUCUCGCCUGUCUCUCCCGCGCAGCCGUGGAUCGAGCUGGCUGCUGACACCAGCAGUGACGUCACCACGGACAUCAGCAGUGACGUCAGCGGUGAGAUACGCAACGGCAUGAGCAUGAGCGGCACGAGGCGGCCGUUCGGCUCGCCCAUCAUCAUGACCCCUGCCUCCUCCGCUGCUGCUGCGGACCGUUACGGGAGGAAAGCUAGCCAUGCUGCUGCGUGGUGGGGUGGCGGUGGGGGAGGGGAUUGCGGGGGUGAGGGGCGGGUGGUGCAGCAGUUCCAUGUGCGCACGGACGACCUCUCUUACACGGCUGUCAACGGGCGCACCAUUCUGAACCGAGUGAGCGUGGCGGCUCAUCCCGGGCAGCUGCUUGCGCUGGCGGGGCCCUCGGGCAGUGGAAAAACGUCUCUGCUGGACGCCAUUGGCUGCCGCAUCGAUCCGGGCAGCCUGUCGGGGUCCAUCCUCGUGAACGAACGCCCCAUGCCGCCCAGCUUCCGCAAACACUCCGCCUACGUGCUGCAGGACGACGCCCUCUUCGCCCUCCUCUCCGUGCGCGAGACACUCGACUUCGCCGCCAGCCUGCGCCUGCCGGCCACCGUGACGCCGGCCGCGCGGCAGCAGCGAGUGCAGCAGCUGCUGCAGCAGCUGGGGCUCACCGCGUGCGCCGACACGCCCGUGGGGGACGAGCGGGUGGCACCGGGGGGUGUCGGGCGGGGAGAGGAGGCGCACGUCCAUCGGGGUGGAGCUCAUCCACAACCCCGCCGUGCUGCUGCUCGAUGA